AUGCAGGAGCAGUAUGUGCGCAAGGCGUGUGUGACCAUUGCUAGCCAGAUCAUCCUUGUGACGGCUGGCGAUGGCACCAAGCACGCGAACACCACCACAGGCAACAACAGCAGCAGGGUGAUGGCGGCGACGCGCAUGGCUACCACUCACCCUUCAGCGACAUCAGCGGAGACCAAGGCUGUCACUGGUCUUGAUGAUCUGCAACGUGCCUGCGACGCGGUGGUGCGGCACGCCAUGACGCUCUAUCGGCUGUGUCGCCGCCCCGGUGGAAGCACCAUCGACAUCGUCUCCGUUGGCACAAGCAGCGGUGGCAGCGGCUCCGGGGCGGCGAGUGCAACCGAGGAGGCCGCGUAUUGCGUCUGCGCGGCAGUCAUGGCGCUGGAGCCGAAUCUGUGGGGGUCUCUGGUGCGACGAGCACAGCUGCUGCGCCCACGCAAACCAAGCUUUCUCUUCGUCGCCCCUGUCGCCGUUCCACCGGUCGUGGUGAAGGACGUGGUGCGUUUUUUUGGGCGGAGCCGCCAUCUGAUGCGUUCCACCGCAGCACCUACAGUGCUCACAGGUGGCACCCCCACUAGGGCAGACGCAAACACUGGCGCUGCAACGUUGUCCUUGGCUUGCACAGGGGUGGCAAGGGCACCCGCACCAGCCACUUCCGCAUCCGCUUCGCCUUUUGCCACCACCAGCACUGCAGCCACCUUUGGACUGCCGGCCCGGCAGGCGGAGGCUGUUGCUGCAUGUUUCUUCUUCAAGACCAUGUCGACAGCGGAGAGACUGCGACGUCGUGACGUCUUUGAGGUGCACGUUCGGCUACCCGAUGCAAGUCGCGCUGUGGGGGCGUCGGCCGACGCCAAUACGCUCACCACAGCAGCAGCACUCGCCAGCGCUGCGGUGGGCGCGCCUGCCGUGGAUGAAAGGGAUGGUGUCAUCGCGUCGUCUUCUCUGAGAAAGCUCACCGGUGCGGUAACAGCUGCCACGGCUGCGAGCGCGCAGGAGCCGACUGCAGACCCCGGGAAAGGAGGGCGUCGGUCCGGGCUUCGAGCAAUGGCACGGGGCGCUGCUGCUCCGGGUGACACCGAUCGCUCCUUGCACACACGUCCGACACGAUCAGCGGCUUCACUGCUGCUGUCGCACUUGUCUGCUACAUCGAUGCUCUUCAACGACGGUUUGGGUGGCUGGGGUGGCCAGCAGGUAGCUGGCAGCACUCACACGAAUCCCUUGCCGCUCUCGAGUACGCGCAGACCCGGUUGCGUGGACGGCGCUGAGGAUGACGCCGGGGUCGGUGGCUGGCCAAGCGGGAUCAGCAGUGGGAGCAGCUCGCAGAGUCGGGGCUCGAGCCCAGGCGACGGAGACAUCGGCGCGGGAAAGGCCCAGGGUCGCCAUCCGUUGGCCGUCAAGGGCGAUUCUGCACAUAACCAGCAAGCGGCCGACACCGUUGCCGUGCUUACGCGACUGUACGCGUUGGCACUAUCGGCAGAGGACCCAGCCGCCGAUUUGCCUCUGAAUACCGAGGCCGCCACACAGCAGCAGCAGCAGAGCAGUGGUGGCAGCGACCAACAUCGUGUCGGCGAUGCGGCCGCCUUGUCCAUGGGCACUCACACCCUCUUCUCAGCUGCUGUCCCCCCAGCCAUGCUCUCGUCGGACAGCGGGCUGAAUCUUGUUGCACUCGGCGCCUCCGUCACGCACGCAUGUGAUGCGCUGCACUGGGGUCGGCUCCAGAUGCUGGUGCGGUACCCGCUACUGUUUCGGACCAUUCCAGCUCCUGCCGAGGCGAGCACCACUGUCGCGCUCGCAGGCGGUGGUGAGGCACUCACGGUGGAGGCGAUGGCACGCAUGAGUGGCACCUUAGGUAGCGCGUGCACCGCCGCCACCGUCUUCUCGCCGGCUUCAGAAACGCCGCCUGACUCGAUUGCACGCAACUGCGACGGGACGCCUUCCCCCUCUGCUUCUCUUCUCGCCUACAUGUCGUCUGUGUACGGUGCUGCCGACUCCAUCUUCAGCCCGGCGCGUCUGCGCACGUCAUGGCCGCCGCUGCUCUUGCCUCCUUCACCGAGCCGCGUCACGGAUGGCUUCUUGUUUGCUCGGCUGCUGAUCUGCAGUGCGUGGCUGCUCGUCUACGCUGACGGUCUCUUUGGCAGCGACGACAACGCAGCGAAUGUGGAACCGACCCAGUCUGCCAGUAGCGGCAGAGGCCGCGGUGGCGGCGUCUGGCCACGAGUACGCCCCACCCCAGCCGUGCAGGCCAUCGUUGCCUACUGCGUUGCGGUCGUGCGUGAGGCUCGUGAGAUGAGCGCCGGCGUGACCGCCGCUGCCCGCUCAGGUCACGGCCGCCUCAAUGGCACUGUUUGUUGCCCCGUGUGCGAUGACCUGGUCAAGGAGAAGCAGCCGGUGCUGUGGUGGUCAACGCUGUGUGAUGACCGCGCUUCAUGGCGAGCGCAAGUUCGCUCUGUGCUGGAGAACAGCAGCACCAACGGCGAUGAGGCGGAGAUUGCGGCGGCUCUGACCGAUCAUCUCUCCUGCGAAGGACGCGGCCGCCGGUGUGCGACACCGUUGCUGAGUGGGUCUGAAGGGGCGCCGUGCCGAGUAACCGCGCUGCAGCAGCGAUGGGGGGCGUACAUAAUGCGGGCCGAUACUUCGGCGACCGAUUACCGCUCCACCGCCUCCACUUCUGUCACACGCCGUGGCGCAGAAGCUAAAUCCGUUAGGGUUGACGCUGUGGAGGCUGAUGCGGACUUGCGAACGGGCGGCGCCGCCGCUGACGCGCGUGGCACGGCUGGUGACAGCGCGAAAGAGGUGGCAGCGUCAGCGGAGGCGCUGUGGACGGCGCUCACGCAGCGCAUCGCAGCCGCCACAGACUUCUGUGUCUUUCUCUCGGCGCACCCGACCGAGUCCGCCACUUUUGAUUCGCCUGCGGCAGCGUCAGUGACCAGUGGCCGCCCGAAGCGUCCUCGAGCCGAGUACGACGAGGACGCGGCAUCCCGAACUUUUCUCCGCCAUCGGCGGCAGGAUAAGCACCACCGUGGUGAGCACGCAGUCGGCUCUGACGACAGCGGCGACGGCGAGUGGAGCGAUGGAGACGGCACUCGAGCCGACAAAGCCUCGCGUGCCGGCGUCGCGCUGCGGGGGAGCCGACACGCCGUCGAGGAGGCCGAGGAGUGGAGCCGGCUGCUCUGCCGGUGCGGCUGGGCAAACGCGGCCCCACCCUCUGGUGCGACCUCCCCGCGCGUGUACGAGGAGUGGGCAUUGUCAUUGUUUUUGCCGUCUGCCAUCCCAACACCUCAGCAGGCGGCCACGCUGCGUCGCCGACUCUCGCGCUACAGCCUCGAGGAAGUUGUGCGUAAGCUAGUGCUUGGCCGUGGAGGCAGCUGGGAUCGCUAUGCGCGGCUACUGUUUGGCGACGACGUGCGCACCGAUGCCACCGCAUCACCGCUCUGCCCACCGCCAGCCAUGGAGGUAGGUGCUGCUGCCACGAACGACGCUCCUGCGCAGCCGAUGGCACAACCACCAGAGUCACAUUCCCCUCCGCGGCCGAGGGCGCCGUCUCUCUCGCUACUAGAAGAGCCAGUGCCAGACGCGGAAGGCGUGUACGUACCACACACGCAUGUGAACCCGCGUGCUACGCAGCUAUCGCCUCCCCCGCGGCAGCUGAUAGCCGCAGCGCAAUCAACUCCGCACUGUUCUUCAGGCUUCGCGCUAUCCCCACCGUUGUCCUCCGACGCAGCCCCUGCCAACGCUGACGCCGACGCGAACCACGCCGUUGCUGCGGAGCGGUGGGCAGCAACGCCAGUCGGUAAGGGAAAGGUGCCGUCCAUCCCGCUGCUCGUCUCGCCGCUGACGCGGCAGCACCAGAUGAGGGCUGCUUUGGGUGCUGCUGCUGCACCACCACCACCGCUGCCGUCGCCGGCAGAUGCGGUUGAUCGCGCGACAAGCGUGGAGCCCGAGUGCGUUUCCGAGGCAGACGCGGCACCUGCGCGGCAGAAGGAUGCAUCGGCGAGGAUGUCUCUCUCUGUGCCUCUAGAGCAGCUUCGUGCUCAGCAAGCUGCCUUGUACGACCUGCUGCGUUUCCGACCACGCCUGCCGCCGUUGCGAGAGGAGGACGCCGUGCUGGAGUGCGCCUCGUGCUUCUCGCUCUUUCACCAGGAGUGCAUCGCGCCGGUGCAGCGGAACUUUAUGGGGCAGACAUUCCUGUGCCACACAUGCCGAUUGCGGUGGGCGCGGCCCUACGCAGCAGGAUGUGGGCUCGUGCACCAAGCACCAGAGCAACACCACGACCCUGAGGUGGCAGGUAGCCGCUGUGCAGCUGAUCGGCCUUGA